GGAACAGCGAGAGCAGCGACAAAGGGGGAGCAUAGAAGAGGAUUCAGUGCAAGGACAAGAGCCGAGUCAAGAAGGCAGGCACUUGGAACGAGGAGGGAAGUACAAGGCAGUGGAAGAGAGGGAGCGAGCAAGGACGAGAGACUAGAGACAGGCGGAAGAGUCGGAACAACAGGAACCCCCCUGCAAGUCUGGUGAGGAUAAUAUCAGUGACGUACAAGACCGGAGAGCUCAUCAUUGAAUGAAAAUAGGGGAAAAGAGUGGCGAGACGGUUCCAAUAUCACCUUACAAACUCGUAGAACAUUAUCGGAUUGUUCGGACGUUUGGCAUCUGGAAGGAACAGAGCGUUUUUGUGAAGACUGCAAAAUCCUACAUAUCAAAUCAUGGCAGAAAUGAGCUUUGAUUGCAGAAACAGUACAGAUCCGUGCAUGGCGAGGAAUGAGCGCCUGAACGGCUUCCAGGACAUGGGACCGAGUGGACCUGCCUCGAUCGCCAUGGCGAACUUUGCUGACGGCAAGAAGCAUAUCUGUGCCAAGAGCAUGAGCGGAAGCGAUGACAUGUUCUCACAUCCCGAGAAAGCGUCUGGUCCCGUUGACAUCUUCGAGGAGGCGAUGCAGGGAGGAGACUCAUCGAUGGACUUGGGGCAAGACUUUUCGUUGCGGCUCAACUACUGCAGGACGCUGUCCAGGACGUGCCAGCCGCACUGGGACAUGAAUCUUGAUCCCUCCCUCCUCCUCGACCGCAAGCGCGCCAUGACAAAUCACUUGCAGCCCAAGUUUCUCAUCAGGAAGUUUGCUCCUCUGACCCGGAACAACGCGUGCCUGGACCUCGCAAGUCUUGACAUGUGA